UCGGCGCUUCUAUCCACAAACCCCAGCCGCAGCGUCCGUGUACCAGUGAUGUUGCCACUGCCCACCGUGGGCGUGGGGGCGGUCGCCGCGUCGCCGGCCACCGCCGCAGGGGUAGCGGCGCCCAUAAGGUUUCGUCCGCUCCGCCUCGUCGCGAGUCGAGCCAGCACUACCCCUUCUUCUCCCUCUACGUCCAGCUCGGCUAUAUCCAGCGCGUCACCAGCGGGGCAUUCCCGCGAGCACCUGUCGGGCAGGGACGGCUCCCCAUCGAAGACCAGCAAGCCCCGGGUGUUCUUCCUCGACGUCAACCCUCUAUGCUUCCGCGGCUCCCAACGUAGCCUCGGCGCCUUCGCGCGCUGGCUGGCCCUCUUCUUCGCACACGUCAGCAUCCGUGACCCCGUCGUCGCUGUUUUGGACGGGGAUGGAGGGAACGAGUACCGGAGGCGGCUGCUGCCUUCGUACAAGGCGCAUAGGGCUCGCGGCGUCGGCACUGGCGCUGACACGCGCGUCGUCGACGUUCUCCGCCAAUGCAAUGUCGCGGUUGUAAGAGUCGAUGGAUAUGAGGCUGAUGAUGUGGUGGCUACCUUAACAGAACAGGUUUUACAGAAAGGUUACAGAGUUGCCAUUGCCUCACCGGAUAAAGACUUCAAGCAGCUGAUAUCUGAUGAUGUUCAGCUAGUCGUGCCCAUUCCUGAGAUCGGCCGAUGGUCUUUCUAUACAUUAAGGCAUUAUGUUGCUCAAUACAAGUGUGAUCCAACUGCAGACUUAAGCCUUAGGUGCUUCAUGGGCGAUGAAGCAGAUGGUGUUCCAGGAAUCCAGCACUUAGUUCCUGGAUUCGGCAGAAAGACCGCGGUGAAACUACUGCAAAAACAUGGUUCGUUAGAAAACUUGCUAAACACGGCUGCAAUCAGAACUGUCGGCAGAGGUUAUGCCCAGGAUGCUCUCACUAAGCAUGCAGAUUACUUACGGAAAAAUUACCAAGUUCUUAGCCUGAAGAGGGAUGUAAAUGUUCAGUUUGACGACAGUUGGUUAUCCCCGAGGAACACAUGCAGUGACGCCAAUGUUCUAGCUGACUUUCUUCUUAAACUGAGUGGCCAAGGCAGAAGCUAAAUAGCUGGUACAACGACGCAUUUGCACAAGCUGGACUUGUUCCUCACCAACCACAGGAUUUAACAAGAAAAGGGAGAUGCAUAAAGGUUGAAGGAGCCGGUUGCUGUAAAAAAAAUUGCGUAUAUCCUUGCUCCAAAGUAGUAGCCAUCACACAUUCUCGCUUGUGAUUCGUGGAACUGGAGCAGCCCUACCUGGGUUGAAGCUGGGUGGAAAAAUGGAAGUUUGGAAGGUCUGUCUGGGUGGGUACAUGGUGACGGGACAAGCUUAAGAAUAUACAGGGAUAAGCUAUAGUGGUAGUACUACUGUGCUGUAGGCCGUAAAGUCCACAAGUACCUUGCCAGGAGAUUACAGAUGGCGUACUUCGUACUGGUAGCGACUCGUUGAUGUACAACUAAAUGCACGCGGGUUUUUUUUUUGUAAAGUUUGUACUGAGACACAGUGUCCCGACGCUGUCAGGAAUCAUCUUUAAAUCAUUUUUAGUGACACAUAUAUGAUGUACUAUCAUUGGUUACUGUUUGUACUGCUAAAAUUUUUAUUUACUCUGCAAUACAUAUAACAUGACGUCGUAGUUUGAAC